AUGUGUGAUAAAUGGCAAAUGCAAUUUAUUGAUGCUGGGUAUCUUUUAAAUAAUUCUAAUUUACAAAAUCCAAUAACAACUAACAAUUAUACUAAAAGGAUGAACUGUACAAUUAAAACACAGUUAACUGAAAAGCAAAUGAUUGUUACAUUUAUUGAACAACUUUAUAGAACAAAGUUGUUAUAUAAAAAUCUUAACCCUGAAGGAAUGAAUAAAAAUGG